UUGGGGAGAGUGGACGGUGGCGCCAUUUCUCCCUCAGUCCCUCCUCACCGGCGCAUAAACAUGGGGUGGAAUCCUGACAGAGACGCGUUAUCACAGAUUUUAGGAUUACUACGCGAGUCACAAUCUCCGGACACAGUAGUGCAACAAUCCGUGCAGCAGAAACUAGAAGAGCUCAACAAAUUCACAGACUUCAACAAAUACCUAAUAUUUGUCCUCACAAAGCUAACUACUGAAGAUGAGCCCACCAGGUCUCUCAGCGGAUUGAUUCUCAAGAAUAAUGUGAAGGCACACUUCCACCAGUUCCCGCCAGAUGUCGCCCAAUUCAUUAAGGCGGAAUGUCUGUCAGCGGUGGGGGACCCGUCUCCCCUCAUCCGGGCAACUGUGGGGAUCCUCAUCACCACCACAGCCUCCAAAGGGGAGCUCUCCACCUGGCCUGAGCUCCUGCCCCGCCUAUGUGAGAUGCUUGAUUCAGCAGACUACAAUUCUUGCAAUGGAGCGUUCGGGGCGCUGCAGAAGAUAUGCGAGGACAGUGCAGAGUUUCUGGAGAAGAGUCCCGACCGCCCCCUUGACACACUCAUCCCAAAGUUUCUUCAGUUCUUCAAACACAGUUCAUCCAAAAUUAGGUCCCACGCCAUUGCCUGUGUCAACCAGUUUAUCAUUAGCAAGACCCAGGCGCUCAUGGCAAACAUCGAUGCGUUCCUACAGAACCUCUUCCACCUGGCCAUGGAUGAUGACCCUGAUGUACGCAAGAAUGUGUGUAGGGCAUUGGUGAUGUUGCUUGAUGCACACAUCUCCUCCCUCAUCCCACACAUGCACAACAUCAUUGAGUACAUGAUGAUCCGCACUCAGGACCCUGAUGAAAAUGUGGCCCUGGAGGCAUGUGAGUUCUGGCUUUCCCUGGCUGAGCACCCCAUCUGCAAGGAGGCACUAAAGCCACACCUUCCCAAGCUGAUCCCCAUCCUGGUGCGAGGCAUGAAGUAUUCUGAGAUUGACAUUAUCCUCCUGAAGGGUGACGUAGAGGAGGACGAGAGUGUGCCAGAUCGCAGUGAGGACAUCAAGCCGCGGUUCCACAAGUCACGUCACACCAUCCGCCACGAGCCCAUGGAGAAUGGCGGCAGUGGAGGAGAGGAGUUUGCUGACGACGAGUCUGAUGACGGACUGGAUGAUGACUCCUCCCUCUCUGAUUGGAAUCUGCGAAAGUGCUCUGCAGCAGCCCUGGAUGUGCUGGCCAAUGUGUUCCGAGAGGAGAUGCUGCCAGUGAUCCUGCCCAUCCUGAAGGAGACACUAUUCCAUCAGGAGUGGGAGAUCAGGGAGUCUGGCAUCCUGGCUCUGGGGGCCAUUGCUGAGGGGUGCAUGAAUGGCAUGACACAACACCUGCCAGAGCUAAUCCCUUACCUGAUCAGCUGCCUGCAACACAAGAAGGCUCUGGUGCGCUCCAUCACAUGCUGGACGCUCUCCCGCUACUGCCACUGGGCAGUGGUGCUGCCUGACCACACCUUCCUCAAGCCGCUCAUGUAUGAGCUGCUGAAGUGUGUGUUGGACAGCAACAAGCGAGUGCAGGAGGCAGCGUGCUCAGCCUUUGCCACCCUGGAGGAAGAGGCAUGCACUGAGCUUGUCCCUUACCUGGCAGACAUCCUCAAGACUCUGGUGUUUGCAUUCAAGAAGUAUCAGGCCAAAAACCUACUGAUACUAUAUGACGCAAUUGGCACCCUGGCGGACUCGGUGGGCAAUUACCUGAACAAGGAGGAAUACAUACAGAUGUUGAUGCCACCACUCAUUGAGAAGUGGAACAUUCUCAAGGAUGAAGACAAGGAUCUUUUCCCUCUGCUUGAGUGUUUGUCAAGUGUUGCAACAGCUCUGCAGUCCGGCUUCCUGCCUUACUGCAGCCCUGUGUACCAGCGGUGUGUGUCUCUGGUGGAACAGACCUUGAACCAGACCAUGGCACAUGCACAGAACCCUGGUCAGUUUGAAGCAGCAGACAAGGACUUCAUGAUUGUCUCCCUUGACCUUCUCUCUGGACUGGCCGAGGGUCUCAACGGACACGUGGGACAACUUGUGCAACAGUCAAACAUCAUGCAACUUCUCUAUCAGGCCAUGCAGGACCCCAUGCCAGAGGUUAGACAAAGCUCAUUUGCUCUGCUGGGUGACCUGACCAAAGCAUGCUUCCAGUAUGUCGCUCCAUGUAUAUCUGAGUUUAUGCCGAUACUGGGCCAGAACCUUAACCCUGAGCUGAUAUCAGUCUGCAAUAAUGCCACGUGGGCCAUCGGAGAGAUCUCUGUCAAGCUUGGUCCCGAGAUGAGGGUGUACAUCAACCUGGUGCUGACGGACCUUAUCUUCAUCAUCAACAAACCCAAUACCCCCAAGACGCUGCUCGAGAACACAGCCAUAACAAUUGGACGCCUAGGCUAUGUGUGUCCCAAUGAAGUGGCUCCCCUCUUGCAACAGUUUAUCAGGCAGUGGUGUAUCUCACUUCGAAAUAUUCGAGACAACGAGGAGAAGGACUCGGCGUUCCGUGGGGUUUGCAACAUGAUAAGUGUGAAUCCUGGUGGUGUUGUGGAGGACUUCAUCUUCUUUUGUGAUGCCAUUGCCUCUUGGAUCAACCCCAAGCAAGACCUGAAGGAGAUGUUCCAUAAGAUCUUGCACUGCUUCAAGGAGCAGGUGGGUGAGGACAACUGGAAGCGCUUCACAGAGCAGUUUCCUCCUCCCCUCAAGGACCGGCUGUCCCAGCACUAUGGAGUGUGAGCAGGUGAUGCUGCUCUUGUGUGAAGACCAGAGCCCAGGACAAGGGAAUCUUAGCGUCCUGGCCGAGCUCUGUGGCGCACGGUGUUAGGAGGCCACAGCCAGAGUGAGCCUGGGUGGGGGGAGGGAUGCAUCUUCUUCUCACAGCCAUAUCCUGGUCCGCCCACCUGACAGCUGUCUGCUGCAGGUGGGGGCUGGGCUGGGAGUGGCUGCCGCGCGCGUGCCGUCGUGGGAGGGACUUUGCGGUCUAGGGUGGGUGGGGGGAGGCGGAGGGAGGGGGGUGGUUCGCCCCUGGUGGGUGGGGGGAGGCCGGGAGGGAGUUCGUCGGUCCCCAGCACACCACAACACCACCACCACACCCACCCACCUCCUGUGCACCGCCCACUAUUGUGGGCAUGUGCAGUUGUGUGGGUGCACCACUUAGAGGCUGCCCGUUGCCCCGUCCACUCUUGCUGCCACCGCCGCCGUCCCUGCCCUCAUCCUCCCCUAGUGGUUAGUUUGUAUUGUGUAAGAUAUGUAAAUACUUGGAAGCUUUUAUUUUCUACAUGAUCAUCACUACUGUAAGUCUCCUGUGCCAACCAUGACCUCCUCCUCUCACCAGUCACGGGUCAUGUAGCUUUCCCCCGGCGGGGCGUGCGGGGUGUGCGGGGCACGGGCAGCGUGUGCCUCACAACAGUAUCCACCAGCCCGGGGCUGCCAGCCUCACUCACCCUUAACACUACCCCAAUAUGGUGCUACUUUUUCUGGAUAGGGCAAGGCAGGGCAGGGGCUCACGGGUCAAGCUGCCCUGCUGCCCAUGCCAACUUGUCUUAGUUUGAUGAUCAUGUUGAGGGUGAUGAUGAAGAGUAGUGUUCAGGCUGAUGGUUGUACUGUGCCUUGCCGGGGCAGCCCUGCUCCACACCCAGCCUGGGCACUCUGGGCUGGGUGUGGGUUGGGGCUGUCCCGUACUUUGUUUUCCCGUGCACACAUAGGACUUAAUGGAAACGACUGUGAUCAUAGUGAUUUCUUUGAUUUUUGUACUGUUAUGCAAAGUAAGUUAAAUAUCACUUCUCAAAGUCUACUACUACUACUACUACUACUACUACUACUACUACUACUACUACUACUACUACUACUACUACUACUACUACUACUACUACUACUACUACUACUACUACUACUACUACUGUUAUUGCUACUACUAUUUCUACACUCAACUCCUUGAUGACAAGUGGGUAAAAUACUGUGCAAUACAUGUCAUCACUGCUGGGAUGUGCUGGAGGCUGUAGCUGCAUUGGGCAGCCAUCGUGGGGAAGCCUCAGCGGGGUCCGGGGCUGGGGUCCGGGGAGCCGGGGUCUUGCCCCACACACAAAAUUAUUAGGUUAAGGGCCGAGGAGUGGCCAGGCCGUAGCCACACAUAUCAACUUUAUACAUGCAGGACUCUUUGGUUUUUGUUGAGGGGCUCAGCAGCGUGUUUUUACAUUUUGAAAUUUGGUCUAGGGCGGUAGGACGGGGCUGUUAUGGGGCAGUUCAGUUGUCAAUAUUGGUUUCUCUCAGCUAGGUUCAGGUUAGGGCCAUCGGGGGCAAGCUAGGGCCCUUCUGGGGCACGAAAAUAUCUCUGGGUUCAAACAUAUUUUGGAACGGCAAAUUUUGUGGGAUGGUGUUGGGGCUGCCAGAGCAAAGAAGGCCUGAGCUUUGUGCAAGCCCUGCCCAGCCCUGUAGCAGUUUGUUUGGUGUAUUUGUAGACAAAAUACUGUCAGUAGUGUUGUUAUUUGCGGUGUCUCUUGCAUGCCCUCAGCCAGUACGUCACCACUUCUCGCAUCUCUCGUUACCAUCUGUUUGUGUAUUAGUUGUUUGCCGGGCAGCGGGCAGACAGGUCACCAUCACUAGUGUGCUCCUGAUCUGUGGCAUGGUCAAGGCAGUGUGGUUGUGUGACCUAGCCAGCAGUUAGGGUCUGUGACAUGAGAAGUAUAUACUGGGAUGGAGACGACUAACAUAGGAAUGUUUGUUUAGCUGUUUUGCUGAUGGGUGCCACCUGCAUGUGUGCCCUAUGGCAGAGGUUCUUGUCAAGAGUCCCUGACCAAGCAGCCAGUCUUUUAGUACUAGUUGACUGCACAGACCAUCUCAUCUGUGGAAAGACAACCACCUGAGAAGACCAUCUUGCCUGUGGGAGUGAAUACAAGCCAAGAUGCCAACCAACCAGCCAGCCAGCCAGCCAGUCCCCAGCCCAAACUUUGUGUAUAUGUCAAGAUAUGCAACAGUGUGUCAAGUGUGCUGCUGCCUUUCUCAACCUCUGCACUGGGGCGGUGUGAACUGGCAUGCAUUGGGAAAGGAGAAGAGGAUGAACUGCCUGCCACCACUACCAAGGUGGGACAGCUAUACAAUAUCACUUGAGUCUCUCCUUUGUGAGCCUGGCCAGUGUUUAGGCUGCCCGGGGAAAACACGUCGAGGAAGAAAAUUACAAAAAUGGUCAUUGUGUUUUGUAAAUGCUGGUCAUUCUUCCCUAUUUUAUUUUUUAACCAUAUUAUUUUCCAUUAUAUUAUUAGGAUCAGAAGGUGUAUAUCCAUGUUGCAUUCCUCCUGUCUAUUUUGUGACCCUUCAUCAGCUACUCAUCUCUCAUUGACUCAUGUCCUCCUCUUCCUCUUCCCCCAAAGCAUUGCCAUUAUUAUCUGGAAAGGUUGCUCUUGUGGGGGAGACCUCGCCAGCCUGGAGUGGGCCGCUGCUCUAUUCAGUUGUUGUUUUCCUAGACUGUGCCUUAAAAGAUACCGUUGGAUACCCAUUAUUGCAUUAUAUUUCACUUCCCCACAUCUGUCUUUCUCUCGUCUUUCUCAUCCUUCAUCAAUUCCCUCUUAACAUCCUUUUCAUUCACACAAGCAUACCAAAUCCCCUUCCCAUCCCUUAUUCUUCCAUCCCCUUUUACAGAACAGUCAACUGGUUUAUUUGUUCGCUCUUUUGUGAACACACUUUGUGCAUGCUAGUGUUGAUAAAAAAAAAAAAGAAGUAAUAGUUCGCGCAGCCAUCACUAACUUGGAUCUGACAUGGCCUGCCUUUACCAACUAAACGACCAACCUUUCUUUGCUCAAGGAGGGUAGGGUGUUGGGUGAGAAGCUAUUUAGUCCUCACACAGCCCCACUCCCUUCCCCUGUAAAGAAAAAGAGUAAAAGUGUCAUCGCUGUCCACCGCCGUUGAAUGCCACCUCUGAAAGCAUACAGGCACAUGAACACACUGCCCUACACAUUGGCUACAUCCGUACAUUCUGGCUUGGGGCUAAAUGCUUGGAGACAUGAAACAGCAAGCGUGUGUGUGGUUACUUGUGAGUGCGAGGGUUCCUCUUUCGUGCUCAGGUCUGCGAGGUUUUGCGACGACGCCGUUCCCAAAGUCCAGCUGGAACGAAGGCAGGUUAGGCAGGGGACAAAACACAGAAGCAAGCAAGCGAGCAAGCAUGUGAGCAAACAGGUGUUAAAUUCUCCUUAGGGUGUCCAAUCCUCUCGCCGAGUUCACAAGGACAGUAGGUUUUUGCCUCAGUGCCCCUUUCCAUAGCUGCUAGGCAAAUUGUUAGGGUCCGGGGCCAGGCCAACCAGCGUACGUCGCCUAGGUAAGAGGUAGGAGUAGGGACAGGGUGGGUCGGAGGGAGAGCUCAGUCAGUCAGUCAGUCAGUCAGUCAGUUAUUGAGUCUGUCAAGUCGCUCGUAUCAGGUUAGGCCAAAAGUUAGGAGUUGGGAGGGUGCUCACAGUGGCUGGUCAGUCUCUUCUCUGGAGAUUACAGGGAACCAUGGAUACUGCUGAACCUAAAUUGAAAGAUUUUAUGUGCAUUGAAUUAUAGAUUGUCGUCAUCAAUCAGAUCCUGGUGGAGGCAUCUCCAGGGGAGGUGCUAGCUGGACCACUCCUCAUUGUGUACUUUUAUUAUUUAUUACCAGCGUGACAGGUGGAUGAAUGUGUGUGUGCAUUGCGUGUAUCUUGGGUCGAAUUCGUGUCAUGGCGAACUGACUUAUUUUAAUGCGGGUCUUAGUAUAUUUUUUUUGCCUUUCUUGGUUUAUCUGUUUUCUUUCCCCAUCAUGCUCAGUGGCGAAGGCCGAGUUUAUGGUUUUAUUGACUAGUCAUUAAUAAGUUAGGGACUGUUAGGUUAGGUUUGAGACAUUGCAUAUUUUCCUCAAUGUGAAUGCUACUGUUUAUAUAUUUUUCCCUUCACACAGUUGUUAGUAGGCGAUAGGUUCUAAUUUUUAAUCAUAUGUUAUAUUUUUUGCUCAUAAUUGCUGAUGUUCUAGUACAAAUAAUUAUUGUUGAUAAUGAUAAUCAGUUUUUUUCCUGAGUAAUAUAUUAUUUUUGUUGUAAUGUUAUUCUUGGCUGGAGAAGCAAGGAGAAGGAAUAUGAUUACGGCGAUGAUGAUGAUGAUGAUGAUAACAAAGUGGAAACGGUCAGUUAUGUCCAGCAGGCGGCCCCAAGCCAGCGCAAAAGUCAGCUACUUGGUCAGGAAUUUGGUCAGGUUGAAUCAUUGCUCAGUCACCACCGCCACCACCACCACCACUGCCUCUGUUGCUUGUUUCCAACUCUCCAAAUAUGUACAAAUUGUUAUGAUUACUAUGUAAUUGUUGUUCUUUUUUCCUUCCAGCUGUGAUAAGUGUGUACUAUUGAGAAGAGAAGUUAUAUGUAUAGUGAACCAGUCCUCCCUCCCUCCUGCCCUCUCCUCCUUUCUCUUAUUAUGUGAUAUGUAUAGGAUUGUAGGUAUAUUUCUCUCUCUCUCUCUCUCUCUCUCUCUCUCUCUCUCUCUCUCUCUCUCUCUCUCUCUCUCUCUCUCUCUCUCUCUCUCUCUCUCUCUCUCUCUCUCUCUCUCUCCAUUCAGUAGUCAGCUUUUUAUUUUUAUUUAUUUUUUAGCCUUGCAUUGCAUUUUUGUUAAUGCGUUCUGUUCUGAUUCGUUCAGCAGUUAUUUUAUUCAUAUUGAAUUAUGUCGUUAUUUAUUCAUUAAGCAGCAAAUUUUCGUAAUUUUAUCCCAAACUUAGAUAUUUUGGCGGUAAGCGUUUACCGUCUCUGACUUAAAAAGAACCUCGUGGUUCUUGUCACUUAUUGAGUCGCAUACGUGUGUUGCGAUUUAUCCGAGCGUGGAGGAUUUCUCACAUUUUUGUAAAUAAGAGUACCUAUAUAUGUAUAUUUUUUACAAAGUUAGGGCGUUUAUGACAAAGAAUUAGCAGUGCAUUGCGUUGUAAAUGAGGUGCAGCUUAACUUGGAGUGCUGCCUGUGUCACGUGUCUCAUACUUAUUGCGUCUAGUGUUGCUCGGAUUGCAGCGAGCGAGGUGGUCGUCGUGUUUAAUUUUAGUGAUUUUUAAUUCUAUUAACUUUUUUUUUUCCCCCACCCUCAAACAAUUGCAUUGACCACUCCAUUUUCCUUUUUUCUCAUUUUUGUUUCACUCGCUUAUCGUUUUCAUUGUUCAUCCGUGGGUUUAAUAAUAAUAGUGUGUAAUUAUGCCAUUCGUUCAUUCGUGCGCGUGGUUGCGAGUGAAUAAUGAUUACUACUGGUGGUCUAGUCUAGUCCGGCGCGUUAAGUUAUUUAUUAUUCUCAUUAUUAUUAUGGUUAUUAUUAUUGUAAUUUUUGCAGUUGUAUUACAUAAACUGUAGUAUAUUAUUGUUUAUUAUUAUUAUUAUUAUUAUUAUUAUUAUUAUUAUUAUUAUUAUUAUUAUUAUUAUUAUUAUUAUUAUUAUUAUUAUAACAGCUGCUACUGAAUCUUUCUCUGUGUCUCUCACUGGAGCAAUUCAGGUGCGUUUCAAGUGAUAUUAAGGCUUAGCUAGGUAACUGUGAUGUCUUUCCCAGUCCUCCAUCCCCCCCCUCUUGUUCCAUGUCACUUGUUGAAAAGGAUCUAUUAAAGUAGUGCAUCUCUUUUCUUUACCUCGGUGGUGGUGGUGGUGGUGAUGAUGGUGAUGUAAAUCGUUAAAUUAAGUUAAUGUUGAGUAAUUCUAUGAGGGGAUUAGAAAUGCAUAAUAUUUUUGCUUGUAUGCAUUUCUACACUUUUUUUUUAAGGGUGUAGGUUAUGGUGCUUAUGUGUAUGUGUGUAGGUGUGUGCGUGUGUUCAUGUGCUCUUGCGUGUGCCAUAGAGGUGGAUGAAGAGGUUUAUUCCACGAAAUUGUGUUGAUCCCAUUAUUAUUAUUUAUUAUUAUUAUUAUUAUUAUUAUUAUUAUUAUUAUUAUUAUUAUUAUUAUUAUUAUUAUUAUUAUUAUUAUUAUUAUGUCAGGUUCUUGGGUUGUCACUAUUAGCCAGGCAUCCUUUCUUUUCUAUGUACCACUACCACUGUAUUAAAGCAUUUCAUUGAUUUGUUUUGUGCCUGGCUUGUUUGUACGUACGUAUGUGUGUAUAUUGUGUGCACGUAUAUUUUUUUGUGUGCGUGUUUGUGUGCAUUUACUUUAGUUGAGGAAAUUCUGGUAGAAGUUGUGAAGACUAUUAAAAAUGUUCUUCAUGUAACUUUUCACCUGUAUUGUUUCAUGAAAGAAUUUGGUGUUGCAACAACCUGUAUCUCUUGAAGCAACUUAUUUAUUACUGAGGGGGAAAACAAACACCUUGUUGGGAUGUGCAUGUUGUUACAGAAAUAAAAAAAGGAAAUGAAAAUUUGUUAGGUUUUGAUUUUUUAAUUAAAGGUAAAGAGAAUAGUGAGAAAAGUAUAAUUAGUCGUAUGUUAAUGAUGAUAUGGAUUCUCGUCAACUUUUUAGAACAUUCCGUUUAUUUGCAGCUAUGUGAGUAAUUCCUUUGUUAAGUUUAAUUAUGCCUCCCACUUACGUUACUACCUACUACUAAUCACACCUCUUUGUUUGCCAUCGUCCGUGGAGGAGCCAGAACGUUCACUAACAAUAUUAUGAUGAUGGUGAUGAUGAUAUACCAUGUGAUUCAUCCUCAAGACCAGGCCAUGUCUUUCCUGUAUUCUGUCGCUGUGGCUGGGUGGGGCUUGGCAGGCGCCAGGCAGGGCAUAAAGACCUCGAGUUUGGGAAUUAUUAUUAUUAUUAUUUAUUGUCAUUAUUUAUUAAUUCAGUUUUGCCAUCGUGUUUUUUUUUUUUUUUUUCAAAUUUUGACAAUGUUUAGUCAAUAAUUUAUUAUUUAGUUUCCCUUAUAUGUGCCAAUGCUAUUUUGUACUUUAUCCUGGUUUGAUUAAGUUAGUGUACAGUACUUCCAUAAACUACUGUAUUUUCAUUGUCAUUAUUCAGCUGUUGUAUUAGUUGCAGGGCAUUUAUUUCAAUAUUCAUACAGUACAUCUAUAUUUUGCUUAGUAUAAUUAUUUAGGUAUUAAUUUGUGUAGGUUUUUAUUAUUAUUAUUAUUAUUAUUAUUAUUAUUAUUAUUAUUAUUAUUAUUAUUAUUGUUAUUGUUAUUAUUUUAUUUAUUUAUUUAUUUAUUUAUUUAUUUAUUUAUGUAUUUUUUACUAUUUAAUCACUUUUGGGGCAUUGGAUUCUCUGAUUUACCAGUGAAAAGGAUGAGGUCUGAUCUAAGGGGGGGAUUUUCACAUUUACUGGGUGUGUAGCCAUAUGUAAAUGUUAGUUUUAUGGUGAAUUUUAAAUACUAUGGAAUGUCAGCCUUUGAUACUAAUGUACUAAAAGUAGCUUAGCUCUUUUUUUGAGUAAAAUAGCAGGCUGGAAUUUUUAUUGGAUUUUGGGAUCUCUUAAAGUAUACAAGUAAUUGGAUUCUUGCCGUGACUAGGAUAGAACUGCCUGUGUUUCUUGGUUGUCACUGGGUCUCUGGAUGCCCUGCCCCGCCUCACCCUGCCCCGCCUGGCCCAAGUAUCAUGUGUUGUUGGAGUAGUUGGAGCGUCGACAUAAAUGGAAAGGUCCC